GCACUGCGCGUUCGUUGUGAAGUGAAUAUCAACAUUAGUUAGUUUGAUAAGAGAAAAUAGACGUCGAUCUGAGUUAUAGAGCAUGUGCACACCUCUCUUUAAUUAACUGGUGCUGAAAGACGUAUGCCAGCUGCGUGAGAUGGUGGCGAGGUCCGUUGUGCACUCGCGGAUAAUCAUUGUCUUCAUGGAUGACACGUUUCUUACGCAAGCUUCUGCGGAGAGCUGACGAUCGAAGCAGACAUCGGUGUCGUGCGGAGACACUAAGGGCUUUCGAUUUAACUGCACAUUUUGAAAAUAUGAUAUCGCUACAAUAUGUCGUUACGUAUGUAGCCGUAUUGUAUCCUUUUUCAUAAACAAAAGAAUUAACAUUACAGUAAUUGCUUCACCCUGAGAUGAUAAUCAUUUUUAAUACAAUAUUAAACUUUGAACAGGCUGUCUAGUAAGGAUGAAUAAAAGUGAUAUAAUAUGGUCGUUUUUAUAUUAUUUAUUAAUUAAUCUUCAGUCGAUAUCUGCGAUUGUUUGUUUAAACACAAAGCAAAAAUGUCACAUGAACAUUGUAAUUGGGAUUAUUUAUUUGAUAAGGCGAACUUUGCAGAGUUACAAAAUGGAUUAUAUAUGACAGAACUGGUAUCUACAGUGCUAAGUAUAAUUGCAAGCUUGAUGGGUUUGUUAACAAAUCUACGAUUUGAUCUGAGCUACCGCAAUCUGAUUUAUUUCACAAUGGCCACUGGUUUGCGAAGAGUAAUUUACUAUUUAAUCUCUGGGAGUAUUGAGUCCUGUAAUUAUGUUGGUUGGUGGAAUACAUUUAUCUCUGUAUAUGAAGUGGAAUGUCUCACUCACGUGUGCAUUGAACGAUACGUGGUCGCUAAAUACAUCAAUAAUGGUUGGUCCAUUAUAAAAUGGCAUUACCCGAUGUACCAAGUACUAUGUGUCCUGUUCGCUUGUUUGUAUUCGUUUCCGCCCCUUUUCGGCAUCGGAAACUAUUCUUUAGAUUUUACAUGCGAUACUUGUGCAUUCAAUAUGGAGCUACCUGAUUCCUGGAUGAAAUAUGCCAUUGUGGUGAUAUUUUUACUACGCAGUGUGAAAUCAACCUCAUUCAUGAUCGUUAUGUUGUAUUGGACUAGGAAGUUGGAGAUUUUUAAUACACGCUCCGUCAAGAUGGCGGAGCAAGCACCUUUCACUCAGAGUGUCAUUGCAAUUACCGUUGUAAAUCUGAUGUGUUGGUUACCACUAGCGUUGUUACGAGGGUGGGUGGUAUUUACUAAUCUCAUUUACGGAUAUAUGCCAAUGGCACCGUCGGGCGAGCAAGUCAAAUGGGCAUUAUGGUUAUCUUCGAUCGCGCCUGCUUUCACUGCCGCUACGCUAUUUGUAGCAGACAAGGGCAUUCGAGAGAACAUUACUAACAUUUACCAAGGGCUCAGAGAAUAUCCCACAAAGAAUAAGAAUAUGUAAAAUAUGAGAAGUAAUCACGGACGAGUAAAAAAAUAAGGACUCCGUGUCACCUUACAUAACAGUGAGGCACCAAAACAAGCCGGUAAACGUGUAAUUAUACAUAGCCCCACGCAUACACUUACACUAAUACAAGCCAAUCGGCCGCCAUUAUGAGAUUUGCCAUCGUCUGUGACAGAUCAGUUUGCGUCGCAACAAAAUAUUAACAAAAUGCCGUCAUGCGAUGUGAAAAAAUGUAAAAACAAUAAUAUAAAAGUAUUUGUGGUUAUAUGAUUAUUUAAGGGAGAAAAAACUGUGUUUACCCCGUAACCGCACACAUACUAGAAUAAAGGUGCUUCACUUGCUAAUAUGGCGCGGAGUCCUUCUGUUUUUACUAGUCUGUGGAAGCGUUAAUAUAAGCGUCUUCCUAAAAUUCACGUUGGAAUAGAUUUACUUUUAUUUAAAUCUACAAAUGUUCUAAAAAGACGCUAAAAGAAAUUUUGCGGGAUUACCAUAUGGUACGUUAAUAAAAAUGAUUUAACUCCAGAAUAGAAUUCCUCUUUUUCGGUGUCAGUAUAAAUAUAUCUAGUGGAUAUAAACUUUUAGAAAUACAAAAUAAGUAUAUUUUCAAUACAGUUGUUAAACAUGUUGUACUUUCAAAAGUUAUAAUUAUGAUUCGAAAAUUAAACCCUUUGCAUGGGCUUCUUUCUUUUAUGCGAUCAUUUAAUUAUUUUCAUUCUUUUUUCAUAUUACUUCACAUUUAUUUUAAGAGCUUGAUCUUUACUUUGCACUUUAAUUUUACUUUAUAAGCCAAUUUAAUUAUUUUAUUAGGAAGGAGGAGUUUUCAUACAUAGAAUGGAAUCGGAUAGAUUUCAUACGAGACAAAAUGUAUGAGUCUGUACGUCUAAGCAUUCAAUUCGAAAAUAUCUAUUAUCUUUUUGUAAUCACUAGUUUUAAUGUAAUUAUUUUCACAUCAACAAUUUGUCAAAAAUCGAAUGGACAUGGACAUCCGCAACAAUAGGUGUCAAGAGAUGCUUUUUUUUAAAAAAAAACAACAUCGAAAUAAACAUAUAUAAUUCUUCCAUCUGUUUUUUUAGCAUUUCCCACAGCUGCGUUCCUUUACUUUCCACCUUUGUACCACAAUGUCCAAUUUUAGUUCUAGGUAGUCGCAGCACUGUCAUAAUGUCACCAUGCUCGGGGGUCACUCUUUCAAUACUUACAAGAGGCAUUCAGCAAAUACAUAAAAAACAACAUUGUAACAAUCGUUAUUUAAUCCUGGUAACAUUAAACUGACAAAUAUUUAUACAGAAAAUAAAAUUGUAGUUGUAUAUUUAUAUUAGGUAUUUACAUUUAAAUUAUAUUCACCUAUCCCAAAAAUAUUUGCAAGCGAAAAAAUUCGAGGCUUGCUGUUUAUAACUUAAUUUGGAAUUUUUAUUUACACGAAAUUACCAAUUGUUUGAGUAAGAAUAAAACUUACUCAAAUUCUGUAAAAAAGCUUAAGAAAGAACAUUUAUUGGCAUGAUUCUGGGUAAUAAAAACCUUUUUUUUCUAUUAAUUAAUGUACAUGCCUCGUUAUUAUAACUACAAAAAUUGUGCAUUAAAUAACCCUUACCGGUAAUAUGAUCAUAUAUAUAGCUUUAAAUGCAGUGUGAGCUGUGAAUAUGUGUUAUAUACCGUUAACUCGAUAUAUUUUGGUAAAACCCCAAUUUAUUCACGGCCAUUUUUAAAUUCCACAAUUAGGGCCGUAUAUUUUAAUUUAAAUACUUAUUUGAGUUAUUCCUGUCUCCGGCAGUUCAAAGGAGACACAGACAUGCUUAUGAAAAAUUAAGGAAUUAAUGUGAAUACGGGAUAUUAUUGUCAAAUACUCACGUACGUACCUUUAAAACGAUAAGUACAAUUAAAAAAGGAGUGUCUAUGCAACUAUUUUUCUACAAAGUAUUUAUAAAUUUAUUGUGUAUAAUAGGAAAGAUACAGAUAAAUAAUGUUUAUUACGUAGGCUAUAUUUAUCAUGUAUAUUCUAUGAUCUAGGUAUGUUUGGUCCACAAUAAGGCCUUGUAUGAAGAGUAGGUAUAGAUUAAUUAUUGUAUUUAGUAUUUACAAUAUUGUAAGAUUGUCAAUCUUAUUAAUUAUUAUAAACGUACUUAUAAUAAUUUUAUAUCAUAUUAUUUUUAUUUGUAUUUUAUCAACUAUUUGAAAGUAUAAUUAAUUAAGACAGAUAAGAUAUGUAGCCGUUACAAUAAGUUAUUCUUAACAUAUCGUGCAUCAGGGUAAGUCCGGAUAACUCAAUUAUGUUUUUCAUGUGAAACAUGAUUUUAUAGCUAAUCGUCACGUUUUUCGGUUACGCGCCAUGUUGUUUUUGUUUUAAAUGCCACAAUAUUGACUGACAACUGACAUUAUAUACAUUGUCUAUUCUAAUAGAAUUUGAUCGAUUUUGAAGUGAAACUUCUAUAUCGACGUAUGGUAGAAUUUAAAAAAAAUCGACACAC